UCCAUGGCUUCAUAUCAGUGGAGUCAGCCCUUCAAAUAUCACACGGUUGAGGCUUCAGAUUUUGGCCAAAAACUAGAACAAGAGAAAAGCAAAUCAUUUCAUCCAAAGGGUAAUCUCCAUGGCGUCAAGGCUUCAACAGUUCCAGACAAAGGCUGCUCAGAUUUCAGAGUUUAUGACCAAGAAUGGAACUUCUUACUACAAGGAGCUGAUGGAAAAAAACAAUACCUACAUCAAGGAACCCUCCAACAUAGAAACAUGUCAAAUGUUGGAAAAACAACUGUUUUAUACUCGACUUGCCAGUAUUCCGAGAAGGUACGAGGCGUUCUGGAAAGAGCUUAAUUGUCUUAAAGAGUUUUUGAAAACAAGGGAAGCAUGGAACAUAGAGAAUGCAAGCAUGGCUGCCUUGAUUGGAGUUGAGUGCUACGCCUGGUUCUAUGGGGGAGAGAUCAUUGGAAGAGGCUUCACUAUUAAAGGCUACCAUGUCUGAGA